AUGACGGCCAUUUGUUAUUCUCAGCUCAGUGGCUUCAGCGGCCCUCGGGGGGAGCUGCUGGGAGGUGUUGACAAGAGGCUGGCUGAUUUACUGGGCCUCCCCCUCCCCAGCCGCCACCCUCCGCUGCGGCUCGGAGGAGGGCUGUGUGCUCUGCAACAACUAAGAGAGAGCACAGAGCUGGAGGAAGGCGGGAUGAGGGUGACUGACUUGUUUAACGCUCCCGCCACGGUGACUGCCCUGUCAGGAGGAGAGCGACACAACUAG